UAUGAGUGGUUCAACUGAUUUAACAUUAGAAGAUGAGCUAAUUCAUGUUUAUGAAGAAUAUGCAGGAUAUCUAACAACCAGUUUGGAAAUCUUUUCAUCUAUUUUGCUGAAUGUGAUAGCUU